AAAACAAAUAAAAAAUUAAUAGGAUAAUUAGAUAUUUGAUCCAUCAUUUCACGAGUCACGACACAUGUCAUGGCGUGUGUAGAAUGUAAACUAUGGAGUUUUUGACGUAAAUAUUCAAUUGAUUUUUGUCAAAAAUAAUCUAUUGGCAUGGAAUUUGUCGCCACAAAACGACGCAAAAAGUGGAAGAAAAAGCGAUAUCUGAGGAGGACAAGACGAUUGCACGAUCGAAUCAAAGUUGAGGUUAAGUCCACCAAACAUUGGGGUGUCUUCCCAGAACGUAUUAAUACUUUUGAUAGGCCAGAAAUAUUAGGAACGAGCACGAUGGAGGCUGAUGCUUUUUGGAAAAAUUACGCAAUAGCCCAGGAAUGGCAAAAAAGACAUAACAUAACCUGGUGGAGGUCACGCUGCCUUGCUCUUGAGUAUGAAAAUGAAAGGCUGCGCAAUAAAAUAAGAUCGUUAGUUCAGCAUCAUGCCUAUCCUGAUACAGUAACUCAGAAAAACAAUCAUUAUUCUAAAGAAAAUAACGAUGAAGAGGCACAGGAAGAAAACUAUACUGGAUGCAAUUCAGAUAUUGAAGAUGUUGAACUUAAUGUGACUGAAGAUAUGUUAAAAUUUUUUGAAACGAGUGAGAGACACAGAAGACAAUUGAAGCAAAAACGUAAAUCUAACAAGACUGUGCAUAAGGAAGAUCUUGGAGAAGAAAUUUCCAUCAUUGAUGGUGUUGAAAGUGUUCGUGCAAGGAAAGAGGAUGCAGACUUGUUAUAUGAAUACAGUCGUACUCGGAUGAAAGCUUUGCACAUGGAUAGUUCUCUUUCGAAAUAGGAACAUUAUAAGCGAUUUGCAUAAAAUUGAAUCGCAGAGAACGCAACAUAUAUUAAAUUUGCAGAGGUGUAAGACUGAGCCAAUCGUGCUCAGAAGCACAAUAUCAAGUUAUUUCUCUCGCUUGAGUCGCGCAGUAACCGCGGCUAUAAAUGACACCUAUCAUAAUGAAAUAUGUCGGGGGAGGAAAGCAAUUAAUAGCUUACUCAUCUAAAACGACGGGACAACAAUUAUACUCACAUAAUUAUUACUCGAAUCAGAAAUAAUAAUAAAAUAAAUAAAUAAUUCUAUCGCAGUUCGAAAACAAA